AUGAGGGCCUUAGCACUACAUACCGCUGCCGAAAGGGGUAGUCCACCAUCGUGGAGUUGGGUACCGGAGUGCAAAGACGACGGUUCAUACGAGAAAAUCCAAUGUCGUGGAUCGGAGAAAGUUUGCUGGUGUGUGGACGAAGCUGGCAAUGAAAUUCCCGGGACUCGGUCGACGAAUUCGACGCCAUCUUGCGACGCCCCCGCGCAAUGUCCCGACCCGGGCUGCAACGAAGAAGAAGUAUGUGCUCAUGGCAGACAACUUGAUGAUAAAGGCUGCCCCACGUGCGCGUGUCGCGAUCCCUGCGCUGAGGCGAAGUGCCGUGAAGAUGAAAUUUGCGAGCUGGUGAAUUUGAAUUGCGAGCAAGGCGAGGCGUGUCCGGCGCUGGGUCGUUGCGCGCCGGCGCCGCAGUGCCCGGACGGCGGCGAGGCGCUCCGCGCGCCCGGUGACGUCACGCCGCUGACGUGCGGGCCCAGCGCCGCCGCCUGCCCCGCCACACACGCGUGCCGCUACGCGCCGCACGACCCGCGCCCCGCCGUCUGCUGCCCCAAGCCCAGGACGGUUUGUUUCGAGAGCAAGGACGAAGGUAUCUGCCAGCCGGGCGCCGGCGCCAGCCUGAACGCGAGCCGCUGGUACUUCAAUGCGGCGCGCAACCGAUGCGAGCGCUUCACGUACGGCGGCUGCUCGAGCAACCACAACAACUUCCGCACCAAGGACGAGUGCAACGCCGUCUGCCCAGUGGACGAGAUAACAACGAAAUUAACGAAUAAGAAGACCCAAGGAAUUAUUAUAGAAACUGAAGUUCUGACCCCGUGUGAACGUCUUCGGGAGAAGAACGAAGCAGCAGCACAGAAGUACGGCAAAGGCACGUUCAUACCAAGUUGCGACGCCAGCGGAGCUUGGGAGUCCGUGCAGUGCAUGUCACAUAUCGACGUGUGCUGGUGCGUGAGCGCGCACGGCGAGCCGCAGCGGGGGUCGCUGGUGCGCGGCGCGCGGCCGGCCUGCAACUUCCGGCAGGCACGCCGCUGGCGGCCCCGCGACCCCGACGACGAGCGUGCGAGAGCCGACGAAGUCUUGGAAGAGCUCAUCAGACAAAUGACAUCAUACCGGGUAGACGAAUUCGAGGAGGAAGACGAUGAACAUACUGAAGACAAUAUUGACUUAGAGCCACAAAGCAGAGAAACAGCAACUGACGUUUCCGAAAGCGCCGUGUUGGUGUCGGAGGUCGUUGAACCCAGAGUAUCACAGACUACGAGAGCGAAUGACAAGCAACUAGAAAUUGCCACAGAUCAAAUAGUUUUCAAAACGAAAUGUCAAGUUUUAUUAGAGGAAGCGGAGAAAGCAGGUGACAAAAGCAUGCGGCCGCGCUGCCAGGCAGACGGUGCGUUCGCGGCACGGCAGUGCGCACGCGGCCGCUGCUGGUGCGUGGACGCGGCCGGACAGCGCCGCGCGCACGUGCACGUUGCAGACGCACCCGCACCGGACACCUGCGAGGAGACUCAAAUCGAAUCAGCCUUAUUGGAGCUGGAGCUUGUCGGUGCUAGCAUCGAAGACGGUGAAAAGGCCCGAGGUGCUCUAUCAGCGAGAUUAACAGCGCUCGGAGCAAGAGUUCCAGUGACAAUAGUCAAAGAACAGGGCGUAAUAAAGCUGCGCGCUCUACUGAGCGGUCCACGAGCAGCUGACAUGGCUUUUCAUCUGGAGAAUAUGGUUAAAAAAGAAAAACUGACGGGCGCUCGAAAAUCGGAAGCCGGUGUUAUUGGUGCCGAUGUGAUCCGCAGUGAAUACCGUUUAGCAGUACCGACGACGAUAUCACAACAGCGCGAAAUCGUCACCGAGUCUACCGUAUCGGCAGCUACAUCCUACCACACGGCUCUCAUUGUUCUAGCUGCCACGUCUGCAUUUAUUAUUAGUGUACUUUGCGUGUUGGUGAUGCUGUAUCGCGCUAGACUGCAAAGAGAGCCUCAAAAAGCAGAACGUUUCCUCCCACCGGCUCCUCCAGUGUACGUCCUCUCAGCGGACGAAAAAGCUGAACUGGCGAGGGCUUUACACGUUCAAAAUAAUCCAUCGAAUGAUGAUUCGAAAGUUUAA